CAGCUCUUCCGAGCGAAAAACAAUUUCCAUUCCAACCUUCUUGUACUAUAUACAAAAAAGUGCAUUGUCCAUCGCCUUGUAAUAUAGUCGUCCUCUAUUUUUCUCCUUCUGGUUUCUCUCAAACGGUCGUUCCUUCCAUAGCUUGGUGAAUUGUCUGGCUUUGUCGAUGCCAAUGGCCGAAAACAGCAAGAGCGAUGCGUCCAUUACUUCUCCUGCAUCCGAUCAGUCAUCGAUAGCGAAGCAAGAUGCUUCCAAAGACCAGUCCAGCGGUCCUGGGGACGCCCCAGAGGUGCAGCCGUCCGAGUCCAUAUUCACUCUCACCGUGAAACUGCCCCACGAGCCUGGCGAGACCAAGAUCACCGUGUCGAGCCAGGAGCAGGUGCAGGAUAUUCGGCAGUCGAUUCUAGACCAGCCCUUUGCCAUGCAGUAUUCGUGCUUCCAUCUCGAGCAUAAUGGCGAGCGUAUCAACGAUUUCGUUGAGCUUUCCGAAGUGCCCGGCGUAACUGCAGACUCGACCAUUGAGUUGGUCGAGGACCCGUACAAUGAGAAAGAGGCACGCAUGCACAUUAUGAGGAUUCGUGAACUCAUCGGUGCCGCUGGGGAUCGCACAGAUACAAUCCACGGUAUCUCGGCCGGCCUCAGUCUGCAUGACAGCUUGACCGUCUCUGCCGCGGAGACCAAUGGUCAAGCGCCCGCCGGUCCGCUCCCAGCGUCCGAGGCUGAUCUGUCGGGCUACGCUUUUGACGGCUCUGGCUCCGUGCAGAACAUGUUGCUUCCAAAGCAACCUCCCGCCCCGAAGACGAUCAAGUCAAUAAGCAUAUCACCCUACAAUCCACCUCCGCAUCACUUGCGGACCAUCGGUCACUUGCUUUAUCUCACCGUGACCACUAAUGAGGGCGAUCAGUACCACAUCACAUCCCACGUUUCGGGCUUCUACGUCAACAAAUCGAGCAACAACAAAUUCGAUCCCUUUCCUAAGGCUGCACCGAAGAACGCAAGCGCACAUUCGCUGCUCACCCUACUGCAAAAGAUCUCGCCUUCUUUUGACGCAUCCUUCAAGGCCUUGCUAGAGCACAACUCGCAGCGCGAACCCCUCGCUCUUUUUCAGCUGCAGAAUGCUAUCCCAGCAAGCCCAUGGCUCGUGGCGCCGCCUUCAACUGCCGAUCAUCAAGCCGACAUCGCGCGCACACAAGAGACGUUCUUAAUGGCAGGUCAGGAGGGCACAGACACUCUGCGCGACUGGAACGAAGAGUUCCAGACUACCCGCGAGCUCCCUACAGAGACGGUCCAGGACCGUGUGUUCCGCGAGCGUCUGACGUCCAAAUUAUUUGCGGAUUAUAAUGAGGCAGCGGUGCGAGGUGCUGUUCUGGUUGCUCGCGGAGAAGUCCCGGCUCUGAAUCCCACGGAAGGGCGGGACGCGCAGAUCUUUGUGUACAACAAUAUCUUCUUCUCCUUUGGUGCCGAUGGCGUCGGUACUUUUGCGACUGAGGGCGGCGAUGAGGCAGCCCGAGUGGCGACAGGCAAGGAUGUGGCCGGUGUUCGCCAGGUCAAUCAAUUAGACAUCAAGGGACUAUACACGCCGGGCACCGUCGUCGUCGAUUACCUCGGUAAGCGUAUCGUAGCUCAGAGCAUCGUGCCAGGCAUUUUCAAGCAGCAGGAGCCAGGAGAGCACCAGAUUGACUACGGCGGAGUCGAAGGCAAGGAUAUCGUUGCAGAGAACGAGGCGUUUGUGCCACUCUUCGAGAAGCUAUCCAAUGCGCUGCACAUCAAGAAGCAUGCCGUUUGGGACAAGGAGGGCAAGAGGCACGAUCUUGAGGGCAGUGUGGAGACCAAGGGUCUCAUCGGUACUGAUGCACGCAAGUAUGCCCUAGACUUGUACAGAAUUACGCCAUUGGAUGUGCCAUGGAUCGAGCGAUAUUGGGGGGAUGAGCAGAGCGCCGGAAAGAAGGGAGAGGAGAAGAACUAUCCGCACCGAAUGACCGUGCUGAGACCGGAGCUUGUGGGCGUGUACGCAAGGGAGAAGCUUAAUGAAUAUGUUCGUGCGGAGCUGGCAAAGAAGGCAACUAACGGACCUACUAAGGAGAAGAAGGAUCAAAUCAACGGUCACAAGAAUGACGGCGGCGAGAAUACAGAGGAAGCUGGCUUCGUUGCCAAAGACGAAGGUGCAGAGCCAAAGGAAGUCGUUGCGGAAGAUAUCCCACGCGUCGACAUGACCGGCUUCAGCUUCUCGCUGAACCCAGAUGUCUUCUCGGGCCAGAAACCGCCAACGGAUGAGGAUAUCGAGCAGAUGGCGAAGGAUGAGGCAGAGGUGCGAGCUGCCUGUGCCUUCCUUACCGACAAAGUUAUCCCAGGCUUGAUCUACGAUCUACAAGAGCAAGAGGUUGGCUUCCCGAUGGAUGGCGAGUCGCUAAGCACACUUAUGCAUAAGCGAGGUAUCAACAUGCGUUACUUAGGUGCCAUUGCUGAGGCAUCCGACAAGGAAAAUCCGAGACUACAAGCAUUGCAUCGUUUGGCUGUGCAGGAGAUGGUCAGCCGCGCUUUCAAGCACAUUGCAAGCAGACGGCUUCGCCAACUGCCUUUCGCGAUGGCUCCAGCAUGCUUUGCACAUCUCCUAAAUUGCUUGUUAGGCACCGAGUUAAACCCACAUCCGAAGGCGGACAUUGAUCCUGUGAUGCGAGAAAUAUACACAGAUGCGGAUCUCAGCUUCGAGACUGUUACUCCUGAAAGCCUGCGUGCCGAGAUCGUAGAGCAAGUUUCGAUGCGCUAUAGAUACACACUGCAAGGCAAGGUGAUCGAACCUGGAAAAGAGCUGCAGAUGCUCCGUGAAAUUUCGCUCAAGCUAGGCCUACAACUCGCAGCAAUCAACUACCUGUUCAGACCCCAAGAGAAGCAGGCCAAUGGAACGACAGAUCAUGACUCCGUCACUUCAUCCGAAGAAUCUUCGAACGCGCCAGUGCAAAACGGUCAUCUGAGCACUUCAAGCAAGAAGGGCAAGAAGAAGGGCAAGGGCAGCUCUUCGCCGCUGCGUGGUGUUUCUCCUGCACCUAAGGCACGGUGCGUAACGUUCAAGCCAGAAGAUAUCCUAAAUGUCGUGGCCGUGGUAAAGGAGGCCUCGCCAAAGAGUGUGCUUGCAGAGGAGGCUUACGAGGGUGGCCGCAUUUCACUAGCACAAGAUCAGAAGGAGCUUGGUCAGGAAUUGCUCAUGGAGUCACUCUCCUUGUAUGAGCAAAUUUACGGCAUUCUGCACCCCGAAGUAGGCAGGACGUAUUUGCAAAUGGCAACGCUGUAUUACAGCAUGGACGAGAAGAAUGCGGCUGUCGAGCUUGCCCGUAAGGCAGUCAUCGUCUUCGAGCGUACCAUGGGCGUCGAUGCAUCAGACACCAUCUCCGCGUAUCUCAAUCUCGCCCUCUUUGAACAUGGCAACGGUAACUCCAAACUUGCUCUAACAUAUGUUCUGCACUGCCUUGAACUGUGGAAGAUUGUAUACGGUCCAAACCAUCCUGAUUCCAUCACCACGCUCAAUAAUGCCGCCGUUAUGCUGCAGAGCAUGAAGCGCUAUCACGAGUCGCGCAUCUGGUUCGAGGCUUCGCUCGCGAUUGCAGAAAAAAUGUCUGGCAAGACAUCUGUCAGCACGGGAACCUUGCUCUUCCAGCUUGCGCAAGCGCUUGUACUCGAUCGUGAUCACCAUGCUGCGGUCAACCGUAUGCGUGAGUGCUGCAACAUUUUCCGGGCGGCUCUCGGCCCGGAGGAUCGUAACACUAAGGAAGCAGAGCAAUGGCUGGAGCAGCUCACACAGAACGCAGUGACACUUGCGAAGCGGCAAAAAGAUUUGCAAGCUGGUAAACUGCGGGGUGUGAGAUUCUCAAAUCGUAUUCCCAUCGGCGCGAGAGUGCAGCCUCAAGUUGGUCAGAGCAGUGCAGAUGCCACGAGCACGGGGGGAAAGAAGGGCUAUCAACUGGAUAACAGAAAUAUUGAUGAACUGAUCAGAUAUAUCGAUGGCGACUCCGGGGCAAAGAAGAAGAGCUCUGGUGGUAAAAAGAGAAGCGCAAAUCCGAAGGCUAAGCGUUCAGCUGCAAAGACUUCGUGAGGCGCAUGUUACGCCGUGGAAACUGAAAAGAACACAUAGAAGAAGAGGUUGUUCUCGUGGUUUUAUUUUACUUGUGCUCAUAUGUGUGCAUUUCAUCAUUGCAUCACCUCUUCUCAAGAUGCUGGGGGAUAUGGACAAAACGUCGAUAGAUGGGUGGGGUACAAUUGGGCAUAGGGCAACGAGGCGGAUUGGACAAGAAAACGCUGGUUGAUACGUUGUUUGCGCAUCACUAUUCACGGGGCAUCUAUCUGUGUCAUUUUUACAUUGUACAUCCGUCCGUCGUCCACGAGAGAUAGACAGGAGCAUACCAACAGAAGGUGUGCGCUUGGUUGCAUGGACAUGGAGAGGACUUUUUAUUAUCUUGUUUCUGUUACAAAAUAUUGCUCGGGCAUCACCACUCAAAAAACUCAAGACCUGUACUAUUAUCUUGCAUUUGCAGUAAAACCACGGCUAUCUGAGAAACGAAUGCAGCUCAAUUGUUCUAAAUCCCC